AUGAACGGGUCCAGCAAACCGCUACCCCUGCCUCCGUCGUCGGGUAGCACCUCCGAGUCGAAAGCGGUUCCCGGCUCGACCGACGACAUCAAGCUCAGCUCCCGAGCCUCCCAAUUCGAUGCACACGACUCCCUCCUCGUCUGCAUCGCCGCCAAGCUAGCCACGACCUACUGUCUUUCGCACCGGUAUACCCAGAAGCUAUCCCUUUCGGAUGCGACGAACGAAACCAACUCGCAAGACGACAACGAGGCCGUCACCGACGGCGGCACUCGUCAGCCCGAAUCGGCCAAGAAGGAGCUCGAUUCUGAACAGGUGCGAGCGAACCAGCUCAUGCGAGCGACGAUCGCGGAUGCCACAGGUUGGUUGUUGGACAUCACGAGACAAUUCAACGUCGACCUCAAUGUCCUUCCCGAUACCCCACCGGAAGAAGAAGAUGGGCAUGCUCAAGAAUUGGAUCAAGCUUUUCGUUCCGCCGACUCCAAGGCGACGGAAGAGAAGGCGCGUAACGUCGCGUUCGAAUUGGUGCUUGUCAGCGUUGGCCUAGGCGAACACGCCCGAGAAGAACUCAAGAAUAAAACCAAAUCGACUGCAUCUUCUUGGUUCUCUUCGUCUUCUUCGAAUCGUGGAUCAUCGGAAGUUCCGGAACCGAACCUCCAUUACACCGCGCUGUCAAGGACACUCGUUGUCAGGACUUGUCAGCUCCUCGCCAUUGGCGAAGACGAAGUCGUCAACGCCGAACGCGUCAUCUCGCAAGCACUCUACUUCGAGCUGCAAGCCAAGCAGCAGGCCAAAGAAAAGGGGAAAGAUGGAUCCACGACUCCUGGUGGGAGUCAAGAAUGGGAUCAAGCCGCGCAAACGUACAGGAAGGAGCAAGCGGGGAGGACCUCGGCGUUGAAAUGGGGCGCGACUGCCGCUGGGUUCGUUGCGGGUGGUGCCAUCAUCGGCCUGACGGGAGGUCAGUUCUGGUGGAUCUAUCUAUAUAGAAAACUAGUACUGAUGCAUCAGAGAACUUUCAGGUCUUGCUGCACCCGCGGUCGCUCCUUUAUUGGCUGGGACCUUGGGCAUUAGCAUUUUCGCCGGCUCAGGAGGCAUCAUCCUCAUUGGAACCUUGCUCGGGCUUGGAGGAGGUAAGUACCCACUUUUAACUAGGCUAGAAGAUGGAGACGAACCGAAUUCUGAUCCACGGUGUGCGUACUCACAGGCGGCUUAGCUGGGUACCGGACGCAUCGAAGAAUGGAGGGACUUAAAGAAGUGACGUUUGAGCCUAUCGUUGAAGCCGACGUCCCGACAAUACCUUCUCUGACCGCAAGUAGUGAGUACGCACACUGGAUCCUACUCGUAUUGACAAUCACUGAGCCUGCCGGUUCGGUCGCAUGUUUCCUUCACAGUUGUUGCGUCAGGGUUUCUACUCGAUCUGAACGACUCGACUCUUCCUUGGCUUCCGGCCUACCACCGCUCUCCGACCGACACCUACGCGCUCAAAGUUGACCCUCAAGCCUUCCUCGAAGCGGGACGUAAUUACUCUUCCUGGGUCCGGGACAAGCUCGUCACCUUGGGCGGGACCGAAGUCAUCAAACACACCGCACUCGCAGCCGUUUACGCGGGUGUCGCUUUACCGAUGAGUAUUUACUCCGGUGCGACGAUGGUCCUCGACUCGGAUUUUACGCGUUGUCGCGAAAAGGCCAAGAAAGCCGGAAUCCUGCUCGCUGAGAUCUUGGAGAAACGAGUUCAAGGUACUCGACCUGUUCGAUUGAUGGGGUACGGACCUGGCGCAACCGUAAUCUUUCGUUGCUUGAUCGAACUCCACAAGAGAUCCCUAGGGGAUCUCGUCUACGACGUCAUCCUCAUCGGUCUUCCCGAAUCGCCGAAUCGCAUCUCUUGGGCAGCAGCACGGAGCGUCGUAGCGCAUGAAUUGGUCAAUGCUUAUUCGACGAACGAUUGGACACUUGCGAUUCACGCGAGGAUGUAUACGCUUUCGAAUAGGGUCGGCGGGUUGACGGCGGUGGAGGUGGAGGGCGUGAGGGAUGUCGAGGUGAGUGAUUUGGUGCAGGGGCAUUUGGAAAUGAGGGAGAAGGUCGAUGCGAUUCUCAAGAGGGUGAGGGGGAUCAAGGAGGUGGGCAAGGAGGGCCGACUUGGGUAG